UAAUAAUCUAUGGUCUUCUAAUUCUACCUUUACGAGUGCAAUUGGAUUUUGAUUUCUUCUUUGUAUUUCUGUACAUUGAAAUUACAAAACAUAUCGCGUUAUAGUUGCAUUUAUUACGAUUUUAUUCUAUGUUAAUAAGAAGUGAUGUAAAGUGAUUCGUGAGGAUAUAUAUAUUAUUUGUUUAAACUACCCAUACUACAAUAGUAAUGGUUGUUCGUAUUUUGCAAAAGACAUGUUGAAAAACAAAAUUGACGUCACAAAUCCCAUCAGCUGUGCUGUUUAAUUUAUUAGCGGUGAUUGCAUUAAAAAUUCAAAUAAAAUGGGUGGUGCCGUAAGUUCCGGGCGUGAUAACAAUGAGUUGAUAGACAAUUUAAUGAGUGGGAAUUAUAUCCGUACAAAAAGUGUCGAAAAUGUCUUUCGUGCACUAGAUCGAGCUGACUACAUGACACCGGAGGCGCGGGACCAAGCCUACAAGGACCUAGCCUGGCGUAAUGGACCUCUUCAUUUGUCUUCUCCAUGUAUCUAUAGUGAGGUGAUGGAGGGGUUAGAGCUGAAACCGGGGCUAUCGUUCCUGAACAUUGGCUCUGGAACCGGUUACCUCAGUACCAUGGCUGGCCUGAUACUUGGGACAUCAGGCAUUAACCAUGGCGUGGAGGUACAUCCAACAGUUGUGGAGUAUGCUGUGAAAAAAAUUAGCCAGUUUAUUGAAAAUUCUCCUAUUCUGGACGAUUUUGACUUCUGUGAACCAAAGUUUUAUCAUGGUAAUGGCCUAUGUCUGACUCCAUUGUUAUCUUGUUAUGAUCGUGUUUACUGUGGUGCUGCCUGUCCAGACGAGUACGAAAAUUACUUCAAGAGACUUAUUAAGGUGGGCGGGAUCGUGGUGAUGCCGCUGAACGAUACUCUGCAGCAAGUGCGGCGCGUCGGCGACAGCAAGUGGGUGACGCGCAAUCUGCUCAACGUGUCCUUCGCCACGCUGCGGACGCCGAGCAGGGACGAGGCCGCUCAGCACGUCAAGCUCGACAAGCAGUCGCCGGUGCGGCUGCAGCUGCUGUCGCGCGCGGCCGUGCGCGGCGCCAUGCGGCGCGGCGUGCUGCGGCGCCACCCCGAGCUGCGCGAGACGCCGCGCGAGCCGCCGCCCCCCGCCUGCCCGCGCCGCAUCUGCAUCCCCAUCGAGCCCGGCGGCAACGUCGAGGGCUUGAACGUCCUUCACGACCUCGACGGCGAGAACGGGGCGAACGAGAUGAACGCGCUGCUGAGUCUCGUCAUCAGCAUGGGGCACAACCGGGUGGCCGGCGCGCUGCGCUUCGACCGCGUCGACGAUUCGUCGACGGACUCCUCGGACGCCUCGGACGACGGCGACCGGCGUCCGGUAUCGACCGAGCCGGCGGGGGGCUCGCGGCGAGAGGCCGGUCCCGUCGACCCGCAACCCAGGAAUCGCUCUGCAUCGAAUGAUAGUCCCGAUAAAAAACGGAGUGCUUCCUCCGAUUCUGACGACGAUAAACCGAACACCAGGCCGAAGGUCGACAGGACGGAGGCCAAGGCCGGCAACCAGCGCCAGACCAGACGUUCGCGCAGAUCUCGCGGGGACGGACCGGACGAGCCGCGGUUCCCGCCCGCCUGUCGGCAGCUGCUGUCGUACAGACACGAGUUCGACGAGCCGUCGACGUCGAGUAAGGAGGCUAAGACGAGCACGAGUGAAGAAUUGACAGAUUCGCCGGAGCGCAAGUCUCGCACGUCCACGGACGAGGACGCUCAUUGCAGCAAGGAAACGAAACGCGCAUCUCCUCCCGGCGUACCCUCCGAAGUGGAGAUCGAUUUGGGCGCGAAGAUGACUCAGGAGGCCAGCACCUCCCGCAUGGACUGGGACGACCUGCAGCCGGAGAUCAUAGACUUCGGCGACGAGACCGAGGACACCGAGGACACCGAGGACAAGAGCAAGGCGAAGAGGCAGAAGCUCGACAGCGGGAUAGGCGAGACCACCCCGAGCGGCUCGUCGCCGGACAAGUCGAAGACCGAGUCGGAGAGCGACCGGAGCUACCACAGCCCCACGAGCGACACCGGCUCCCAGCACGACGGGCGCUCGGACGGCGACGGCGACGGCGACGACGACGGCGACUGCGCCGAGCUGCGGCGGCACGCGGCGCGGCGCCGGCGCCGCAUCGCGCGCGGGGGCGACGCGCGCCGCGUGCGCCUGUCGCUGCUCAUGAAGCAGGCCGUGCGCGAGCUGCCGCUGCCGCACCCGCUCAAGAAGUUCGUCAACCUGGGCCGCUGCUUCGAGUUCUAGGUGCAUCGCAGUAGCCUCGACGUUUACCGACAUUAUGAGUGUCAUAAUAAUAUAAUUAUUCAAGUAUCUCGGGAUGGUCGACGAGGACGGAGGCUUUUCAUACGUAAAGUCUAGUGGGAAUUGAGCUGAGAAGGACUGAUUAAUACUUAGUCAUUUAUAAAAUAAUAUAUCUCUAUUGAUAAACCCGAACCGAACGAAACACGCCUCCCUGUCCCGUCGGUGUCUCCGAGUCGGAGAGGGGAGUCGCCGUCGGCGCGAGUUUAUCGAUGAUGAAUGUACAUGCCUCAUAUUGCAUGAAUUAAGUCAACUUUGGAUUUAUAAAAUAAGCGAAUGAAAUGUAGAGGAGGUAUUUGUAAAAAGAUCUUUAAAAAAGACUUCAAUAAAAUAACAAUAAAUUGUAUUUCGAGGGCGUUUAGAUCUCGUCACACUACACCGCACGCAAUUACAGAUAUUUACGUGAAUUUAUUAAAUAAAUUAGACAUAUUUUGAGUUCAGGUAUAACGAGUUAUGCAAAAGGAUCGCCACUGUCCGUUGUAACUUGAACUCAGGCCAAUCAAACGUAGUGUGAAAUGAUUUUAACGGUCUACAUUGUAGCAUCCUAUCCUGUGCAAUGUCUAUCAUAUCGUAAGUGUAAUAUAAAUUGCUUGUGGUGACAACAUUUAUGAUGGUGGCUAUGUGGAAUUCAUCGUAGGGGAAGGAAGUGGGGCUUUUCAUAACUUAAUUAUAAGAAACUUCGUCGCAGAAUCCUCACGCGGUGAUAAUAAGUGCGGAUUCUUAUGUUUAUUUCUAUCUCUCCGUCUCACGUACAGGAUAGAAAAAAUAGCAAGCUGUGCGCCAGUUUCUUAUUGUUGUUUGUUUAAUCCGAGCUUAAUGAUCAUUGUUCGUUUAUUGGAUCAUCGGCUUCCAUCGGCCAAUGGCAAAUCAGUUAUCAGAUUUUGAUCAGAUUAAGUAUCCGAAAUUGGAAAGGUGUAUAUAACAUAAUCCGCAUCAAUGAUUCACGUGACUUUCCCCUUGGCUUAACCCCGUACGUCAAACAACAGACCAACAAAUUAUAUUCAUGGAUAAAUACUUAUAUUAAUAAUUGACUAAAUUAACUAUCGUUGGUCAUGUGACAAAAAGACUAAUGUGUCAAAUAGUUGCCAUACAUUGUGUAUUAUUUUUUUUUAACUAUUGAAUACUCAUAUAAUUAAAUAAUAUUCUUCCUACACUUAUUAUACAGACAGAUUUUGUGCGUUAUUUAAUUCGUUAUGCGUGCGAUUUGUUUGGCGCUAUAGUUAUGAUCGUGUCUAUGGUUGUUAAACAAAAGGUUAUUAUGUAUUUACAAAUUGUACAUAAAGUAAAAGUUAAGAAAUAGUAUAUUAAACAGUUAAUAUCAAAUGAAUAGAUUAUAAUAUAAUAAAUGCGAAAAAAACCUUGCAUUUUUGUUGCUUUAUCACGGCUCAAUUACUCAAUCGUGUCGAUCGUAAUAAAAUUUGACAUAGAAGUACUGCAGGACAUAAAGAAUUAUAAAUUCAUAUAAAUUACGGGAUUUCAGACAAAUAUGGCAUCUGAAAAUAGGAUAACUUCGCAUUGAAUAGCUAGUUUUAAAAUAAAAUGUUAAGCCUCCCCUAAACAGCAUUUAAAUGUCUAAAAUAGUUUUAGCUUAAACAUAAUACUGACUCACAUAAAAUGUCUUUAAAUAUCAUAUCAGAGUGGCCACUUUUUGCGCAUUACGUUUUUGACACUGAGCUCACUAACAUAACUCUACUGCCAUUCUGUUAUCGCUUAGCUCAUCGAUUUAGAUCGAUUUUUACGUGCAAGUUAUCUUAAAUUUAUCUACCCAAGUGUGUCCUACCUUUGUAUUCGAUCUGGUUACGAACUAAUUCCAAUAAGUAAAUAUGAAGGGGUGAGCCUUGAGCCGAAUUAAGAAAAAAAUUGCAUUCAAAUGUUGCCACACUAUUAAUAAAUAUACAUGCAACUAUCUGGUAACAUUAUCACAAUAGGGAUAAUUUUAAACUUUUAUCGUAGUAAUUAGUAUAUGGAGAGUUAAAAUUUGUUUAUAACGAUUGAUGUAAAUAUAUUUUGUAGUAAUGUCAUUUGUUUUUGUUGCAAUUAUAUAUGAUUU